GGCUGGGGGGUCACGUGACUUUGUUUGGCGCUUUUUUGUGCGGUGAGGGAGGGGCCGGAGCGGUAGUGGGAGCGGAGCGGCGGAGCGGGCAGGUCUCUCUAGUUAAAGGUCUCCUGUUGACGGAUUGCAUCGGUCAUGGCUACUUCUGAUAUCCAAGUGAAGGAACUGGAAAAGCGUGCCUCUGGGCAGGCGUUUGAGCUGAUCCUUGGUCCCCGCUCGAAAGAGGCAGCCCCAGAAUUUCCUCUUUCUCCCCCGAAAAAGAAGGAUCUGUCAUUGGAAGAAAUUCAGAAGAAACUGGAAGCAGCAGAAGAGAGACGCAAGUCUCACGAAGCAGAAGUCUUGAAGCAGCUCGCUGAGAAACGGGAGCAUGAAAAAGAAGUGCUUCAGAAAGCGAUCGAAGAGAACAACAACUUCAGCAAAAUGGCAGAGGAGAAGCUGACCCACAAAAUGGAAGCUAACAAAGAGAACCGUGAGGCACAAAUGGCUGCCAAACUGGAACGCUUGAGGGAGAAGGAUAAGCAUAUUGAAGAGGUUCGAAAGAACAAAGAAGGCAAAGACCCCGGUGAGGCCGAAAGCAACUGACUUCAUUCUGGAAACUGACAUUCUCCCCCUCCUCUUAAUAUCCAAAGACUGUACUGGCCAGUGGUUUUGCUUUUCGGUUUUGUUCUUUUAAGUUUCUAGAAACUGAUGUAGAACUGUAAAGUUAGAUCCAAACUGUAUGCUUUCUUUGGGGACUAGAGGGGAGACCUUACAUGUUUCACUUUUUCUAAGGUUGUCUUUCCAGUGUAGCUAUCUUGUUGCAUCCUUUUCUACUCCAGAGCGCUUGCUGCUGGAUUGAUGGCUAGUACUGUAUCAGCUCUGUAAGACAUUUGUGAAAGGAAUAUGUAGUAUACUGUUCCAUGCUGAAUAUCUGUUACACUUCAGAAAAUCUGACUGUCCCAGUCUUUUAAAAUACUGCUGUAACUGAGUGACUAAAUAAAGCUGCACAGUGCUGUUAACAUGA